GUGGCCGAGGGGCGAGGUGUCUGACGAAGAGCAUGAGAUCAUCAGCUCCGCUCUGCGACACCUCAACUAUGUUAUUCAAGGUUACUACUGGUGCAACAACGCCCUUCUGGUGAUCUUCCUGUCCCCACCAUUCGUGGAGAUAUUGAAGAUAGCGAUGGGGCACGACACACCGCUCAUACUGCCAUUCUUCUACUGGUUCCCCUUCGAUCCCUUCCAAAGAGUUUACUAUGAGGUCAUCUUGGCUGCACAAACUUGGCAUGGUCUGAUAACAAUAUGGUUUAUGUUGUGUGGGGAUUUAUUGUUCUGCAUUUUUCUGAGUCACAUCACCACCCAGUUCGACCUCCUAGCAGUCAGGAUACGCAGACUAGUCUACGUGCCGGUAGACAAGCAGCUGGUCCAUACUUAUCCACUCGGUGAAUAUUGCCAAGGCUAUGCUCAAAAGAAUAAGGGUAUAAUAGACACAUAUAAUGACAAGGAUUGGGAAGACAAACAUCAGAGAGAUCUCUCCGAUAUUAUAGAGAGACAUCGAGCUCUAGUCAGGCUCUCCGGUGAUGUGGAAGAGAUGUUCAGCUUUGCUUUGCUCGUCAACUUCUUCAACAGCUCUAUUAUCAUCUGUUUCUGUGGCUUCUGUUGUGUUAUAGUGGAGAAAUGGAACGAGAUGGUUUACAAAUCAUUCAUGACGACGGCGUUGUCGCAAACAUGGCUGCUCUGCUGGUACGGACAGAGGUUACUUGAGUCGAGCCAGGGACUAUCGGAUGCCCUCUACGAAAGUGGCUGGUAUAAAGCAUCGCAAAAGAUUAAAAGCUCCGUGCUUAUCAUGCUUCACAGGUAA